GCUUAUUCUCGACACGUUUCCAGACUCAUGUUCAAGAAGUUUUCGGCCUCAUCUGACAUCUCUGGGCAAGUCCCUGUGAAAACAUCGGUUCAGAGGGCCAUACGAAAUUCUAUCCUGUCGCAAUGGAAGAUAGAACCAGAGACGCUUGAAGCGAUUUGGCCAAAGAAAGAAGGACUUGUCCAUGUCAAAUGGUCAGUCUCGCCUACCUUGACUUCCGGGGAUCGAAGCGACCGCCCUCGAAAGCCAAGGGGCAUCAGCUUACCUUCAGGGUUUUAGAAACUGGCAGCUGACUUUUUGACUGAUCCUCGUAUAUCGACCUAUGGAACAUCGGGCGGCAUUCUCUCUCGAUGUCUACUUUGAUCGCAUUGGGAUGGUGGGGGCACGAUUGGCGGAUUCAGCAGAGAGCACAUCUCCAUAUACACGGUUCAUGGGCAGCCCCUAUUCUUCCAACACUUCGAUGGACCCUUCUUCCCCACUUUGAGGUUAUUGCAUCAGUAUCCCUAUAUCCUUCCGACCGUCAAGAUUGACCGCGGUGCCAUUCGCUUCCUGCUUGCAGGUGCAAAUAUGAUGUGCCCCGGUCUCACGUCCAAGGGAGGGUGGCUCCCACCUGCUGAAGAAGCUUUGCCUGCAGGCGCAGUGGUCGCGAUUCACGCAGAGGGGAAGGAGCAUGCGGUUGGGAUUGGCGUGACCAAACUUUCGACAGAAGACAUCAAGCGAAUCAACAAGGACGUAGGAGUCGAGACCAUCGCCUACCUUGGAGAUGACCUUUGGGCUUUGAAGUCCCUGUGAUCUGUCUUGCGAUCAUGGAAAGGAAGGGAACGGAUUGGAAUUUGUUAAAAUUAACUUCCUCGUUGGAGCAAGGCCGCCGUGUAACGGUACUUUCAUGUUUCGUGUAUAUGAUCGCUGGCGGCAGCACGCUGUUAAUCCGAUUCGUUACCGCUUUACUGCGAGGAUUUAACGACUUAUAGAUA